AUGCGGUAAUAGGAAGUGAAGUGGACAGAACACCGAACACGCCAGUGCGCGGGCGAUUAAAGGAGACUGCAGGAUAUUUUAAUAUCCGCCAGAGUUUAUCGUCUCUGAUAGCACAUCUCCAUUUAUCACUGCUCAAUUGUUUAGUUACCCACAUUCUUUCAGAAUCUUCUUUUAUGUUCAACAGAAGAAAGAAACUAAAUUUGAGGUUGGAAAGAUGUCACCAGAUGAAUUGGUCUACCUAGGCAUCCUUGCUGCAUCAAUACCUGUAGGAUUCCUCUUCCGCUACCUAAGUCCUCCAGUCAAGCAGGGGGCAGCAUUGCUGUUAGGUUUGAUCAUCUCCAUAACAACCUGUGGGCUCCACACUCUCCAUUCUCUAUGUACAGUGUUAGGAACAUGGCUUAUUAUAAAAAUCAACUGGCGAAGUGCCCCUGCUCUGUCUUUGGGUUGGACGUUUCUGUACCUCCUCUUUUUCCGUCUGGUCACCUGGUUUGGCCUCCCUCAGCCUACACCUUUUGCCAAUGCCAUUCAACUUCUGUUAACACUGAAGAUGGUCAGUUUAGCCAAUGAGAUUCAAAGUUAUCACUUGGAGAAGAAAAAAGAAGUGAGCGCCUUCACCAAAUCCCCAGUGGUGGGAGGACUUUCCCAUGAGCCUUCACUUUAUGAUAUUAUAUCCUACAGCUACUGCUAUGUGGGCAUAAUGACAGGUCCCUUCUUCCGUUAUCAGACGUAUGCAGACUGGUUGCAUCAGUCUAAUUCUCUGUCAUUGCCGGGUAAAGAGCCCUGCCUGCAGAGGCUGAAGAUGGUGCCCGUUUAUGGAGCUCUCUUCAUAGCCGUCAACUCUGUCUUUCCCUUGUCAUAUGUCCGUACUGAUGAAUUCCUGGAGCACAACUAUUUUUACAGGCUUUUCUACAUGGUAGCAAUAUUCUUUGUAUUCCGGAUGCGUUUCUACUCUGCGUGGUGUGGGGCAGAGGCUGGCUGCAUCAGUGCAGGUCUAGGCUGUUACCCCCAUGGGGCGCUUUCUAAACCUGGAGGAGGGCCAACGGUGAAAUAUAGUCCUGAUCCAAACACAGCUGUGGAGUAUGACUUUAAAACGAUCCAGAACAUUGACUGUUAUAAUACAGAUUUCUGCGUAAAGGUUCGGCAUGGCAUGCGCUACUGGAACAUGACGGUGCAGUGGUGGCUUCACAACUACAUCUACCCCAAUACUCCUUUCAGAGCGUAUGCUCUCAGGGCUGGAUGGACUAUGUUAAUCAGUGCUUAUUGGCAUGGCCUCCAUGUUGGUUACUACCUCUCUUUUCUCACUAUCCCAUUGUGUAUAGCAGCAGAAUCAGCCAUGGAGGCAUCAGUCAGAGCCCGUCUAGGGCCGAUGGGCCAGAAUAUCUUCGACUGGAUCCACUGGUUCCUCAAGAUGAGGGCUUACGACUACAUGUGCAUGGGAUUUGUUCUCUUGAAGGCCAGCGACACCAUCAACUACUGGAGCUCCAUAUACUUCAUAAUUCACAUCAUUGCUGUUAUUUGUAUAGGAGUAGGACAAAUUAUGAAAGGAGGUAAAAAGAGAGAGAGAAGGGAACGAGGUGAAGGAGAGAAAGAGGAUGUGGUAAGAGAGAAGGCUGAGUGAAACGAAUGUGUGACAUGCUGAUCGUGGUGAUAACCCGGAGAGUUCGUAUGUUUACGCAAAACCAUUUCCCAACAUGAACUGUAAUAGCCAUCAACUGCCAUUAAAGGUAUUGUGUUAAAAAAAAAAAAACACACACACACAAACACAGACAGAAGAGUAAUAGAUUAUAGACCCGAGGACAUCAAUCUUUAUUUUAUUGGUAGUGGAAAUAGCUUUCAAAUCAUCUCCAUCAUUUUAAUGUUAUCUGUUUUUUUGUUACUUAUGUUGAAAAGUGCUUCUUUUGUGCAACUGUAUAUAUUUAUCCUGACCAGUUCAGUAUUGUUUAAAUUAUGAUCUUGUUGCUGUAAACAAUUGGAAAGGAGGUUUGUAUUUUAAUAGUGGUUCUCUGGUCAUCAGUGACCUUAGGACUCAAAUUAAGUACUUAUUAAUUAAGUACUUAUAACUGAAUCAAUUAAUUUACAAAAUAAUAAAAAAUAACUGUUGCACCCAUAUCACUAUGAGCACAAAUUUGUGGUGAUUUACUCUCUCUAAUGGUGUAUUGGAUGUAAUACAACCUUUAUAAUAAUAAGGUGUAUGUAGGAAACAUUAAAGUUAGUCUGCCUUGUUUUUCAUACAUUCUGAGGGAUGGAUUGAGUAUCCAUUUUCAGAAAGUAGGAGUGAAUGUUUUUGCUAUUUUCAUUCGUUUUUCAGUUUCAUACCACAUGAUGUAAAGUACAGAUUAAAAAGAUCAAGCUAAGAUUUUGCACCAAUUCACAUUUCAAAAGUAAUGCAUUAUUACUAAGAUCUCUUCAAAAGAGCUCAAAAGUUUUAUUCUUACAAAAUCACUGUCUGGUUCUAUAACAUUCAAAAUAUUUUGUCCUGGUACACUGGAGGGAAGCGCUGGUGUUUAGUUUAUUGAUCAGUUGAGAUUGUAUCAUGGUUCCUGUAAUGUCUACCUGCUAUGUUGUAUCUCUUGUAUGUUUUUCUGGAGUAUUAAACACAGAAUGUGCCAUUCCAA